AUGAGUAAACUCUGUAAAAUUAGCUGCAAAUUUGAACCAAAAUCCAUCAAAAAUGGUGUAACUCAAUCUUGUUUCAGAUUCUUCGCAGUGUCAUCAUCUUUAUCAUCUUCACAUCAUCGCUUCGAAGAAGAAAACUAUCCUACUAUUCACCGCAAUAGAAGAACCCAACGUCAUUAUUUAAGCAAAUUAUUAUUCACAUUAUCUGCAACCCGUUAUAAAGAAAUCCACACCCAAGUGAUUCUUUGUGGAUUUGAAAGCAACCCUUUUCUUAACAACAUCUUGAUUCAAUCGUAUUCGAUUCGGGGGUGUUUGGACUAUGCACGCAAAGUGUUUGAUAAAAUGCCUAAAAGGGAUAUGAUUUCUUGGUCUUCAGUUAUUACUAUGUAUACCCAAAAUGGGGUUUAUGAUGAAUCCUUGUUGCUUUUUGCUGAGUUGAGGAGAAGUUGUAAAGAAGGGGAGGGGCCAAAUGAGUUUGUUUUGGCUAGUGUUGUUAGUUGUUGUGGAAGGUUAGGUAGUAUUGUGAAAGGUGAGCAAUUGCAUUGUUUUGUGGUUAAAGCUGGUUUUGAUCAGUUUGUGUAUGUAGGGACGUCUUUGAUUGAUUUUUACUCGAAGGGUGGAGAUGUAGGGGCAGCGAGGCGAAUUUUUGAUGGUUUGUUGGUGAAGAGUACGGCUACUUGGACUGCGAUUAUUGCAGCGUGUGUGAAUGUGGGGAAGAGUGAAAUUUCCUUACAGCUAUUGAGGAAUAUGUUGGAGAUUGAUGUUGUUCCUGAUAAUUAUGUGGUUUCGAGUAUCUUGGGUGCUUGUUCGUCGCUUGAGUAUCUUAAAGGAGGAAAAGAAAUUCAUGGUUAUGUGCUUAGACGCGGAGCGGAGAUGGAUGUUACGGUGAGUAAUGUUCUUAUUGAUUUCUAUAUGAAGUGUGGAAAGGUUAAGACUGCAAGGUCAGUUUUUGAUCGGAUGGAAGUUAAAAACACUAUUUCUUGGACAACGAUGAUCUCUGGAUACAUGCAGAAUUCUUCUGACUGGGAAGCCAUAAGCAUGUUUAGAGACUUGAACAGUUUGGGUUGGAUGCUAGAUAGAUUUGCUUGCAGUAGUGUACUUAUUUCAUGUGGGUCGGUUGAAGCUUUAGAGUUGGGAAGACAAGUGCAUGCUUAUACCGUGAAAGCUAAUGUUGAUUCUGAUGACUUUGUGAAGAAUAGCUUGAUUGAUAUGUACGCGAAAUGUAAUUCAUUUGGUGACGCAAGGAAGGUCUUUGACAUUAUGGGUGAUCAUGACGUAAUCUCUUACAAUGCUAUAAUUGAGGGUUGUUUGAUGCAGAAUAGGCUAUAUGAAGCUUUUGAUCUAUUUGCUGAAAUGAGAGAUAAUCUGAUUCUUCCAAGCCUUUUGACUUUUGUUAGCUUGCUCGGUGCAUCAGCUUCACUGUUUUCCUUGGAGUUAAGUAAGCAACUUCACGGUCUUACCAUAAAAUUUGGUUUUUCUGCUGACAUGUUUGUUUGUAGCAUCCUAAUAGAUGUUUACUCGAAAUCUUCAUCUAUUGAAGAUGCGAGACAAGUAUUCAUUGAAAUGAAUGAGAAGGAUAUUGUUGUAUGGAAUUCUAUGUUGUUUGGGUACAUACAACAGUGUGAAAAUGAAGAGGCUCUAAAGCUCUUCCUACAAUUGCGGCAGUCUUUGCAAAAGCCAAACGCGUUGACUUUUGUUGCUCUCAUUGCUGCAUCUAGUAACCUAGUAAGUCUGCUUCAUGGUCUCCAGUUUCAUAACCAGAUUGUAAAACUCGGCCUAGAUUUUGAUCCACAUGUUACAAAUGCACUCGUCGAUAUGUACUCCAAGUGUGGAAGCUUGGAAGAAGCACAUAAGAUGUUUAAUUCCACUAUCCAGAGAGAUAUCGCGUGUUGGAAUUCUAUGAUAUCCACUUAUGCACAGCACGGAGAAGCAAAGGAAGCUCUUAAUAUGUUUGAGAAAAUGAUAAAUGAUGGAUUGAAACCCAACAAUGUCACCUUUGUUGGAGUGCUUUCAGCAUGUAGCCAUGUUGGUCUUGUCAAAGAAGGAUUGUGUCACUUCUAUUCCAUGGCCGGGUACGGUAUUGAACCAGAAACGGAGCAUUAUGUUUGCAUAGUGUCUCUCUUGGGUCGAGCUGGUAAACUGGUCGAAGCAACGGAAUUCAUUGAAACAAUGCCAAUUCCACCGGCCGCCAUUGUGUGGAGGAGUUUGCUUAGCGCGUGUAGAGAAGCUGGUCAUAUAGACCUGGGUAAAUAUGCAGCAUCAAUGGCAAUAUCUAUAGAUCCAAAAGACAGUGGAUCAUAUAUCCUACUUUCAAAUAUUUAUGCAUCUAAAGGCAUGUGGAUCAAUGUCAAAAAGUUAAGAGAGAAAAUGGAUAGCAAUGGUGUAGUGAAAGAAAAAGGGUGUAGUUGGAUAGAAAUAAACAAUGAGGUGCAUUUGUUUAUCGCAAGAGACCGAAGUCAUCACCAAACUGAUUUGAUAUAUUCAUUUUUGGAACUUCUGAUUCGGAAUAUAAAAGGGAUCGGAUAUGUUCCUGAGGAUACUACCUUCUCAAAUGAGUAAAAUCUCUGUC